GGAAAUGAGGGGGUUGUUUAUAUUCGGUCUUUCCUGGGAUAGGAACAACCCCCUCGUUUUCACAGAAAUUAAACCGCAACUUGUCACGCAUUCCCCGGUUUUAAAUUUAGCUUCCUCGAAUUAUUUCCUACUUGAAAUUGAACGGAGCCUUGUUGAAUCAAAGCUUGUAAGUUGUACUUAUCGUAGUUAGUUAAAUUUAUUUUGAUUCGUGUCAACUUUGUAAGAACCCGGUUCUGUGGAGGAAUUGGUCCUCUCGAUGUCCAGUUUUAUCGGCCGCUACAUGACACGGACUGACUGACCACAAAGUGUCGCGUUUGACAGACUGAUGUGUCGUCGUGUGUGGUGUUCCUAACUUGACCUAAUAAUGCUUUUCUUAUUAACGAUGGCUAUUGACAAAUAAUAAGAUGGAGACCUCCUGAAGCCUUCACUAACAGAUAUGGACUGCCAUAAUGACGUGGCAGCAGUUUUCCCUCUCCGAAUCCCCAGACAACCCCAAGAGACGACUGGCCGACAGAAAAUUUCUGAUAAUGGCCAUUGUUUGUUUCAUGGUUGCCAUUAUCUUUAUAUGCUCCUUGGUUGCAGUGCUGCUUCUUAACAUGAAAAACAAAAGGCAAGACAGAAAUGACACAAGUUACAAUGACUUACAAUCCCAGGCAAUAAGCAUCACCAGAUUUUCAUCCCAGAUUCAACCAUCUACUUCUCUCAUUCCAACAACAUUCACAGAAAUAAAGUCGACUUCUAGUUUAACAUCACCUUCCAGGUCUGUCAGCACACAUCCCAUUGAGAAAUCUUCACCGUCUACAAUGUACAUCUCGACUUCGGUAUUGUCCUCUGUGAUGGCGACAUCAUUGAUACAGAGCUUUUCCUCCAUGUUAUCUUCACCAGUUGACCGGUCCAGUAUUUCUCAUUCAUUCUCCAUCCUCCCACCAACAGAUUUUACCUUAAGUGUUUUGUCAUCUGUGUCAUCUUCCCUUUUGACCAGUAGUGUUCCUAAUACAACCACAGGGCCUAGCAAAACCACAGGUCCUAGCACAACCACAGGGCCUAGCAAAACCACAGGUCCUAGCUCAACCACAGGCCCUAGCUCAACCACAGGCCCUAGCACAACCACAGGGCCUAGCAAAACCACAGGUCCUAGCACAACCACAGGGCCUAGCACAACCACAGGGCCUAGCACAACCACAGGGCCUAGCACAACCACACCGAAAGUGCCCAAUACAACCACAGGCCUUAGCUCAACUACAGGGCCUAAUGUAACCAUGGAACCCAGUACAACCACAGACAGCUAUCUAAUAACACUACCAGCUUGUCCUGAUUCCCAGUUCACCUGUCAUAGCGGGCAAUGCGUGAACCAGAAUGUUCGAUGCAAUCGAUAUAUUGACUGCCUGGACAAGUCUGAUGAGGAGAACUGCACAGACUGUAUUGGUGUACAAUGCGCCUCGGGCCUUUGCCUCUGGAGUUGGACUCCUCGCUGUAACGGUGUGGUGGACUGUUCCGAUCUCAGCGAUGAAAUCAAUUGUGUUGCAGAUCCCAACAAGAGACAGUGUGACAAUGGGGUGUGGAUCUACAAAUAUCAGUGGUGUGAUGGAGUGGACAAUUGCUACGAUAACAGCGAUGAAAGGAACUGCAGCUGUUUGGUCGGCCUGGAGACGGAGUGCGGAGAUGGGAGGUGUAUACGUAACAGCUGGGUCUGUGAUGGUUACCAUGACUGCAGCACGGACGAGACAGGAUGUGAUAACUGUAGCAGUUCUCAGUAUAUCUGUCAGGACUACAGCUGUAUCAACAUGUCAGCAGUUUGUGACGGGACCCCAGACUGUCCCCAGGGAGAGGAUGAGACUCACUGCUUUAAUUUUCUGAGUAACGUCUCGGAUUCGAGUGGAAUACUUGUCAGUCGCUUCAGGGGAGAUAACUCAGGCUAUCCCGUGUGUACCACUAACUGGAAAAACCACUACAGUGAUGAUGUGUGCAGAAAUAUGGGUCACGAAGCAGCAGCAAUGACCUUUACCUCCCAGAUGCCUAAUGCUGACCGAUACCUGGAACUAACUGACAACAAGACAGACACACAGACAAUCUUGGACCAUCUACAGCCCAGCUUUACGUGCAGAACCAACAGGACUGUUGAGCUCACCUGCUUGCCAAAAGGGUGCGGGAAGAGGAGUUCUCGGUUCCUGGUCCCGUUCAUCUCUGGGGGUGACUUGGUCACCAUGGGAAGCUGGCCGUGGGUCGUGUCUGUGUCGUAUCUAGGGAAACCGAUCUGUAGUGGCGUCCUAGUUAGCCCCUUGUGGGUCCUCACGGCUGGGCACUGUAUGGCUGUAUCAGGCGUGUAUAAUUACACAAACACACCAAACUACGUCCAAGUUCUGUUGGGCACUGUAAAACGCUCACGUAACCUGGAAAAUGGGGCAUUGUUACUGCGUGCUGUCAAGAUCCUGCUUCACCCAGACAUGAAAUGGACAGGAAAGGGGACGAUCUUCUGGGACAUCGCUCUCAUCCGAUUAGAGAGGCCUGUGACCUUCACCCCUAUCAUUCAGCCCAUCUGCUUGUCGCCCAAUGAGAGCAUUCCUGUAAUAAGUACUUGCUAUCUGACUGGAUGGGGAAGCAUUGGGCCAGAUCAUGAUAUGACUGUGGAGUAUUUAAGAGAAGCCAAGCUUCGAGUCUGGGGUGAAGAGGAAUGCAGGAAAAACACAAUAGUGUCAGAGUCUAGUGUGGACACAAACUUCACACUGUGUGCUGGGUACAUUACAGGGACAUUGUCUGGGUGUAGGGGUGACAGUGGUGGUGGUCUGAUGUGCGUGAACCGUUACAAUCAGUGGAGCGUGGAAGGCAUCAUGUCCAGUGGAACCGCUCAGUGUGGGAUGCCGUCCUCUCAAGCUCUCCGCUUCACCAAAGUGUCCGCCACCCUCUCAUGGAUUCACCAUGUGAUGUCUGUGUUUGUGUGAACUCUCAGGACGUGCACCACCAGUUACAUCAUACCUGUGUUUGUGUGAACUCUCAGGAUGUGCGCCACCACCAGAAUUACAUUGUGUCUGUGUUUGUGUGAACUCUCAUCAGACACCCACAAGCUCGUGAUUUUGAAUGUCUAUCUCACAGCUUAUGUCACACGCUUCAGAUAGUUAAUUGUUUUGAAUUUCACCAAUAGUAAUGUACUUAUGAUUUGUAAUGCUCCAGUGCACAUACAUAUACAAUGUAUGCAGUGUACUGGAGUCCUGUUUUUGGUACGUUACAGUCGGCCUGAUAUUGUUUAGAUUAUCCGGCCUGCUGAUUGGUUAAAUACCAGUGUGGUUUAGAUUAUCCGGCCUGCUGAUUGGUUAAAUACCAGUGUGGUUUAGAUUAUCCGGCCUGCUGAUUGGUUAAAUACCAGUGUGGUUUAGAUUAUCCGGCCUGCUGAUUGGUUAAAUACCAGUGUGGUUACGUGCGAGUGUGAUGGCUCAGUGGUAGGGCGUUCACUUCGUAACUGGGAGGUCAUGAGUUCGAGCUCCUAUUGUGCCAUAGCCACAUCAAAUCUUAAGAUUUCAGAUAUGACCUUAAAAACGGUGGUCACAUGUCAUGGUAGACGUUGGCACGUUAAAGAACCCUCACUGCUACAGCCACACAGGACUACAGAACCCUCACUGCUACAGCCACACAGGACUACAGAACCCUCACUGCCACGGCCACACAGGACUACAGUUGGUGAUGUCCCACUAAAAGAUUUAAAACAAAUACACAAAUUUAUAUGACAUUGAAUUUAAUUGAUUAUUUAUUAUACGAGUAAUCAAUGACAGCUGAUGUGUUUUGAAUUGUAACAAAUAAUAUUAAAUUUGUUGUGAGAGGUCUCUGCUUAAGAUUAGAAUUGGAGUCCACGGAUUCUCAUGAUAAAAAUUUGUAUUAACUCAGGGAGAAAUACCAGACUGUUUUCACAGGUAACUGUGUGGUUCUUUUAUUAAUGAGAGCAUAUUUUAUAUUCAUUUUGUUAGGCUGGUGUUUCAGAUGUUGGAAUUAAUCCACUCUGUGAAUAGCUUCAGUGUUUUAAAACCGAAAGUGAAGGAAAUGUUUUAUCUAUCCUGUACAUUUUUCAAAAGUGACUUUAUAUAUAAUUUAUAUAGUAACAUGUUUUGAAUUUGUGCAGUGUUUAUCUAUAUAUUUGUUUCUUUAUCAUGCAUGUCAUGUUGGCUGUGUUAAAUUUUACUGAUUUUUAAUUUAAUUUAUUAGCAAUUAAUCACAGAAUAUGGUUUCUUAGCUCUAAUUUUAAUUAUUUAUUUACAUAUUACCUCUUUUUCUAUCUGUCAGUGUGAUUUCAUAUGAUUGUGAUCUACAAAUUUAAAGAUGGUGAAAGUUGCAAGUUUUGAGUUGGAAAAUGGUCAUCUUGGAGUGGAAGUUUGGUGGGUGGAGGGCAGAAUUUUCUUUAAAAUGUGUUAGAUAGGUGGUCAUGUGACAUGUCGCUGAAACCACAGACAGACCACUGUACUCAUUUCAAUGACUAUCUGAAGAUCAUGGGUAAUUUUUAUCAUUACUAUCACGUCCGCUUACAAAACACAACGUCCUGAUAGAUAUUCAUUAUACCCCUGCAAACAAAGGGGGUAUACUGGAAUCGCCUUGUCUGUCUAGCCCUCCACCCGUAAGGAUAAUUCAUCCAGUGUAUCUUUAACACUCAUGAACAGAUCUGAUUUAUAUGCAUAAUGAAGUUAUGCACAUGUUAUUUAGAUUCUGAUGUUUUAACAUUCGGGGAAGUUAUGGAUUUAUCUUAUCAUUUUGAAUGGUGUGUUUGUUGUCAUUGUCCAGGGAUAUCUUAAAAACCAAUUAUUCUCCAAUGAGCACAAAUUCACUAUUUCCCACAAUCCAUUGUGCCCUGCGGGGGGAUAAGUCCCAUUAGGACAGUUCUAGUUGUUUUUAUUUGUCUUCAUUGUAUGUUACUCAGGUGACUGUUCAGGCCAAUGGGCGUCAUGUUAAUUGUGUUUUGUAUUCAGUAGACAACAAUGUUAUGAAAUCUACUUAAUCUUGCACUAUAUAUUUUGGAGAAACUAAUGAGAUUUGUAAAACAUUAUUUUAUAAAUGCUAGUGAUUCACUCCCCUGGGCCUGUAUCCCCAUGUUUCUAGUGUUAUUUAUCAUUCCUGUAUUAGAUUGAAAUACCAUAUUUUAAACCAUGUAUUUAAUCUAUUUAUGCCUCGUUCACACGAAGAAUUUAAUUCGCAUUAAACGUAAGUUAAUGCGAAUUAAAUCUGAACCGCGUUCACACGGAGAUUUUAAUGGGCAUUAGUUUACUUCGAAUUAAAAUUGACGUCGCGAUUUAAUGCGAAUUAAAUUUACUUCGCAUUAGCUCCGUGUGAACACUAAGCAAAGCUAAUUCGCAUUAAAUGUACACGUAUGCGUAAUGGCAAAUUUGGGUCACAUACAUCAUACCCAUGGUCAGCUAUAUAUAUUAAUGUCAGUUUUGUACGAAAAACUAAGCAAAAUGAUAAUAAUCACUAAAAACAUGUACAAACAGCAUGUCAUUAGAUAAUGUCAGACGUAAAUCUGUGCUCUGCAUAGGCAUACUGAGUAAUGCAUGUGGAAGGAAUUGUUUUUAAAUACGACAAAAAUAUUUUAAAAUAGUGACACUAUGAUUUUCUUUUUUACAUUUUUUAAAACAAAUAUGCCGCUCAUUGUUAAUUUUUUAUACCAUAUGAUGUCAUAGUAGACUUAUAAUACGUAUUAGUAAUUAAAAAUUACGUCACAACAGUAGUCAGCGGAAUGGUGAAAAAGACGUUCUGAAUUUUUUUUAAAAAUUGGGCCCAUGAAGAAACAAUAUAUUGUCUAGAUUGAAUGCUGGUCGUCAGAGGAAAUAACAAGUAAUUUCUUGGGAACAUAAAUAAACACGACUAACUCCUUAUGUGUAGAUCAGCAUGUAAAUUGUAAACAUGUAGUAUACUACAUAUAUGCCUAUAUAACGUUUUGAACAAAGAAUUCUGUAUCUACACAAUAUUCAUUAAAAUAUCUAUAAAAAUAAUUUUCAAUAGCAUAGUCUAUUCUUUAAUUUAUUUCGCACACCCUUUAAUAGAGAUGCAUACGAAUUUAAUGCGCAUUAGUUUACUUCGCAUUAAAUAUUACCGCCAUGUGAACGCUAUUUAAUUCGAAUUUUAAAAUUUAAUGCGCAUUAUUUUACUUCGCAUCAAAUUUGAUGCGAAGUAAAAUUUAAUGCGCAUCCGUGUGAAUGAGGCAUUAUGCUUUGUAGUGUUAAUGUUAAAUAAAUGAAAUAUUUUAUAAACAUGUAUUUUUAAAAUGUAUUUAUGCUUUGUAAUGUUAUUGUUUAUGAAAUAGUUUAUAAACAUGUAUUGAAUCUAUCUAUGUUUUGUAGUGUAAGUGUUUAUGAAAUAAACAGUUUUGUUUACGAUAUA